GAGAAGAGGAGGGGGAUGAUUUGAUUAGAGAAUGUGCAGGAAAGAAGAUUGCCUCCUGAUGCUGUUUCACAUGCAGUGCUUCUUGGUGCUUGAAAUCACAUAGGAUCAAGAAGCAUGGACUUGCAGAGAUGCAAGAGAGCAUCAGUUCAAGGCUACUGAAUCGGAUGUUUCAGCUUUUGUUUACCUGCUGCCUGUGACCAUGCGAAUGCCAGAGAAAAGCCAGCCUCCCCAUUCUUUUCCUCCUCCUACCCCUUCCUCCUCUGUUUAACCAUCUUCUUCACCCUGAUUUUUUCAGCUCACUCGCAAAAGAGAAGCAGUCAUUGUCUGGUGUGUGGAUGGCACUGAGGAGCCAAGCUAAGUCCCCCUCUCUGAGUUUAGCCCUGCCACCAAGCAUAGAUGCCAGUUUCUUCAGUGGAAGAGGUGAGAGAAAGCUGCUAAAGAAGUUCUGCUUGGAACAUACCAACACUUUAGCUUUGUUUCUUUCUUCUACCUAUAUGUAUGUAUAAAUAGAUAUAUACUUACAUAUACUGCAUGGUAUCUCACAUGUAUACAGCUCCUGAUAAAGGAGCGAUCUGUUAGUUGUCACAGUCCAUUUUUCUUAUCAUCCACUUCUCUACUGGUUCUCUGAAGUGAUCCGGCACAGGGAGGAGAGGGAUGCUCGGCUCUCUCCAGAGGGGCUGAGCCCCUUGGCUUGCUUCUCUGUGUCCUCCACAGACUGUGUUUAUCUGGGUUCUCUCAAGCCUGGUGGGGUGUCCCACCAAACUUUCUGCCAGCCCCUCCCUCUCUGAGGUUCCUAACCCGUUAAGGGUGUGCGGGAGGUGGCAUGGCAGCAGCUAUCGCAAGUGGACUGAUCCGUCAAAAGCGCCAGGCAAGGGAGCAACACUUGGACCGACCUUCGGCCAGCAAGAGGCGCAGCAGUCCCAGCAAAAACCGAGGCCUGUGUAAUGGCAAUCUGGUGGAUAUCUUCUCCAAAGUGCGAAUCUUUGGCCUCAGGAAACGAAGGCUCCGGAGGCAAGAUCCCCAGCUCAAGGGCAUAGUGACCAGGUUAUAUUGCAGGCAAGGAUACUACUUGCAAAUGCAUCCAGAUGGAACUCUCGAUGGAACCAAGGAUGACAGCAGCAACUCUACAUUAUUCAACCUCAUACCAGUGGGUCUUCGUGUUGUUGCAAUCCAAGGUGUAAAAACGGGGUUAUAUAUUGCAAUGAAUGGAGAAGGUUACCUGUACACAUCAGAACUUUUUACUCUGGAAUGCAAGUUUAAAGAGUCUGUGUUUGAAAACUAUUAUGUCAUAUACUCAUCUAUGAUAUACAGACAGCAAGAAUCAGGUAGAGCCUGGUUCUUAGGUUUCAAUAAAGAAGGCCAAGUCAUGAAAGGAAACAGAGUAAAGAAAACAAAACCAGCAGCUCAUUUUCUACCUAAGCCAUUGGAAGUUGCCAUGUACAGAGAGCCGUCAUUGCAUGAUGUUGGAGAGACAGUGCCAAAGGCCCGUGUGACACCGAGUAAAAGCACAAGUGCAUCUGCAAUAAUGAACGGAGGCAAACCAGUCACUAAGAGUAAGACAUCAUAGCCAGACCCUCAAGGGUGUUGUGACUCACUGAGCCCUCGACACAUAUUAGAAUUUUAUCCCCACCAGACUAUCCAAACCCCAGUGUUUGUAUUAAAAGGAAUAUAAAAAGAAACAAAAAAAAGUAAAUACGCACUGGCUCUUUGCUGUUCCAGAACCAACAUGUUGAAGAUGGAUAAAACUCAGUGUGUAUCUCCUCCUUUCACUAGAAGACACCUGGGGAACCAGCUAAACUCAGACCAUGGAAUGCCCUACCAGAUAUGGAAUGCCUUUUUAAUAUCUUAUCCGUGACUGUGACACUUCAUGUGAAUGACAUACUUCACAAGUACACUUGAUACCUUGCCUGCUGACAAUGACCCUUUCCCCCCUUUUGAGUCCAAUUACAGCGAAAUCCAUGUGUUUAAGUUCUAUUUUGUAGCACACAUUUAUUAAGUAAUUUAUAGUUAGACGCUGUAAACUGCGCUAUAAAGGAUUUCUCUAACCUUUUUUUACAAGGCUGCUUGCACCACUGUCUGUGACCUUUUUGCAGGGAUUGCGUUCCUCUAGAACUUGAAUGUUUCAGGUGGCUUAGUUAUGAAAGCAAUCAGGGAAUCAGGAAGCCUUCAAACCGUUUUUCUCUAAACAUGUUUAUUCGAACAGGACUUAUACUGGUCAAGUGUGACAGCAGACGAUGUGCUCCAGAGGUUGACGAUAAAUACUAGAGGGAUAUAUGUCAAACACACCCAGUGAGAAAUAGGCUGAGACUAGUGUUUGAUACACCCUAUACUUUCCUUUGUGUGUGUGUUUUAUACAUAUCACAGGCUUACUGGUAAUGGUGACAUUUGCCUUACUCAGUAAGCAAGACCCACUUGCUUUUUAAUAUGGUGGGUCCAUAGAAUUCUGUAGGCCUUGUAGGUCUGAAUUAAGGCUCAUUUUUCAUCUAUAAUUCCUCAUAGUUAAAACUAUCAACAUAAAGAGCAACUGUUCUGCUAGCUACAGUAUUUCUCAAAAUUAAAAGAAAAACUCCUUUUUUUU